CUGAAGUAAAAAAUGAAGAUGUAACACGAAAUGUUAUCACUAGAUAUUUUAAUUUUGGUGAAGUUUUAUAUAAACGAUACAAGGAGUUGAAGCCCACUAAUGGAAAAAUAAAAGCCACCGCUAUGGUUAGAGUCGAAAUCAGAAAAGAAAUUCCGGAAUCAAAACUUAGUAAUGAGGCUUUGUAA